AUAUUUUUCUAUGGUCCGCACAGAUCGUCGAAAACAUGGCGCUCAAUCUUACUGUCAAAGUGCAUCCCGUGGUUUUAUUCCAGAUUGUGGAUGCUUACGAACGACGAAAAGCGGAAUCGUUACGUGUUAUUGGAACUUUAUUAGGUACCGUGGAAAAGGGAAUAGUUGAAGUAACCAACUGUUUUUGCGUACCGCACAAGGAAUCCGAGAGCCAGGUAGAGGCUGAUCUUACCUAUGGAAUGGACUUGUAUGAUUUAAAUCAUCGAGUUAAUGCGCAAGAGAAUAUCGUGGGUUGGUGGGCUACCGGCAAUGAGGUCACCACACAUUCAUCCGUUAUUCAUGAAUAUUAUGUGCGAGAGUGUAACAAUCCGGUGCAUUUGACUGUUGACACUACGUUGACAAAUACAACUAGAAUGGCGAUCAAAGCUUAUGUAUGUGUUCCAUUAGGAGUGCCUAAUGGCAAACAAGGCUCGAUGUUCACACCGGUUAAAGUUCAGAUUACAUGCUACGAGCCAGAGGUUGUAGGACUGCAAUUAUGCUCCAAAACUCAAGUGCAAUCCCACAUACCAGCAUCUGGAAUGAAAUCGGGAGGAAUAGAACCCAUGAUGGACCUUGCACAAGUCUCGGAGGCUUGCUCCAAGCUUUCUUUAAUGCUAGAACAAGUGCUUGCAUAUGUUGAUGAUGUUCUAGCAGGGAAACAAUUACCGGAUAAUCAAGUUGGCAGAGCCCUUUUGGAUAUGGUACAUUCCGUGCCGAAAAUGACUAGCGAUCAAUUUGACGAAAUGUUUAAUAGUAAUGUGAAAGAUCUUUUGAUGGUUGUUGCAUUAUCGCAAUUGAUAAAAACGCAGUUGCAACUUAAUGAAAAGCUGACACUACUUACAACUCUAUAAUUUAAAAUAUUUAAUUUUUUAUUUGUAUAAAAACGUGUAAUGCAACAGAAAAUUAAUAAUAAUGAUCCAUUUCUCAUAUAUUUUUGAUUCCUAUUAAUAUUGAUCAAUUGUUAAGAUUUAUAACAAUAUUUUUAAAAAAUGAUUAUAUUAAUUAAAUAGUAUUCUACAAUGAUACAAUCACAAUUAUAUAUACAAAAUAUCGAAUUAUAAAUAAUUAUAAGUAUAAAUUGCUUUUUUAUAAGUCGAUAAAUCGCAGCAUAUUCAUUUAUACUUCGUAAGAUGUUUCGUCUUUUUGAUUAUCUAUAAGAUUGGGCCAAUCAGGAACUCGAUUCGUUUUUAAAUAUAUUUCUUUUGUUAAACAUCGCAAUGGUAAAUCUGUUGUGCCAAAGAUAGCACCACCUAACCAUGCUGUAUAAUUUGCUUUACUAGGUGCUGUGUGAAAUUUAAAUGACUGUACUUUUAAUUUACUUUCAUACAAAUCGCUUUGGACUAAAGCCAGUAAUUCCGAUUUUAAGCGACUUACAAAACCCUUUGCCAUAGUUGUUCCACCAACGAGUACUAUAUUUUCAGCCAAUACUCUCCUCAUAUCCAAAGGACACUAGAAUCAAAAUUAGUCGAUAUAAUAUUAAAUGUAACAAACAUAUAUACAGUUAUAGAUUUAGAUUAUUACUAACAUGAUAAAAUUACUUUAUAACAGAA